CUGCAGAUUGAAGUUAAAACCCCGAAUAAUAGUGUACCUAGGUAGAUUUAUAGACUAAAGACUAUCCUAGCAGCCUAGGCAGCUGGGCAGCUGGGCUAGAUUUCCAGUGUUUCCGUUCCUUGUAGCGCGCAUAGUGUCGGCUUGUUUGUUAGUGGGCUAGUGAGGGGCAUAAGCAGCCUUGAAUGGUGGGGUGGAUUCUUUCGUAAAUUCUCGCCUCAUACCGAAUGCAAUGGCGAGAUUCUGUCUGACCUGACCAAAACUUUAAAUUCUUUCCUAUUCCCAACUUUUUUUUCCCUCUUCUUUCGCUAACUAAAUUCUACUUUUAAAAUUUCCCAUAUUCUACCUACCCAGCGGUCACUUUUCCACCGUUUAAUUCGGUUUAAUAGCUAAUAUCCGCCGUUCGAACGUUGCCCGCCAUGACCGUCGCCAAUGGCACAGUACCGCACAACCCGCCGCGUGCUGCGACGGUCAUAUCCGCUAAAGAAUUAAUUGGCAACACGCCUUUAGUACGCCUAAACAAGAUCCCACAGUCUUUUGGCAUAGAGAGCGAAGUUUAUGCCAAAGUUGAGCUUUUCAAUGCUGGCGGUUCCGUCAAGGAUCGCAUAGCAUUGCGGAUGAUCGAAGAGGCCGAACGAACUGGCCGUAUCAAGCCUGGCGAUACCCUGAUCGAGCCCACCAGCGGAAAUACCGGCAUCGGUCUAGCACUAGUAGGCGCUAUCAAGGGAUACAAGACCAUCAUUACUCUACCCGAGAAGAUGUCUGCCGAGAAAGUCUCCGUGCUGAAAGCCUUGGGAGCAACCAUCAUCCGCACACCGACCCAAGCCGCCUGGGAUAGCCCUGAGAGCCAUAUUGGCGUAGCGAGGAGGUUGGUUAAGGAAAUACCAAACGCUCACAUCCUGGAUCAAUAUUCAAACGAAAAUAAUCCUUUGGCCCACGAGUUGGGCACCGCUGAGGAAAUCUGGGAACAAACCGGCGGUAAAAUCACAUGUAUUGUUGCUGGUGCUGGAACAGGUGGAACCAUCACAGGCUUGGCAAAGGGGUUGAAAAAACAUAACAAGGAUAUCAAAGUUGUGGCUGCCGACCCCCAAGGAAGUAUCUUGGCUUUGCCUGAGGCGCUUAACGACGAGCAUCGUGACGAACCGUACAAGGUUGAAGGAAUUGGUUACGAUUUCAUACCCGAUGUGCUCGAUCGGGAGAAAGUUGACAAAUGGUAUAAGACCGAUGAUAAGGAGUCCUUUAAGCUCGCACGACGGUUGAUUGCCGACGAGGGACUACUUGUCGGUGGAAGUUCUGGAAGCGCUCUAAGCGCUGCACUGAAGGCAGUCAAGGAUCUCGGUUUGGGUAAGGAUGACGUUGUCGUUGUCAUUCUACCGGACAGCAUCCGAAGCUAUCUAACAAAGUUUGCGGAUGACGACUGGCUGGCAGCUAACGAUCUUCUGCCGCCUGCCGACACGGCCGCAAAGGAAGCAGUGGCUGAUAACACCCCGGUGGAGAAGCCUGAUGACCCUUACUCAGGAGCAACGGUUCGCUCGCUAAGAUUAAAACCGGUCCUCUCAGUCCUUGCUACCAGUUCAUGCGCCGAAGCUAUCGAGACCAUGCGUGACAAGGGCUACGAUCAGCUUCCUGUUCUUGCCAGCGCGGGAGGCAAGCUCGUGGGCCUUGUCACCCUUGGCAAUCUGCUCAGCUACGUAUCGCGUGGACGAGCCAGCGGGCAAAGCCCGGUUAAGGAUGUCAUGUUCGACUUCAGUAAGAUAGACGAGGUGGUUACCGACCCUCGAGAAGGGAAAGGAAGCAAGCGCCGCAAGUUUGUCGAGAUCACGCUCGAUACGCCUAUUACAGAACUUAGCAGGUUUUUCGAGUGGAACAGUGCUGCCGUCGUCACUGAACCUAGCCAAGGAAAAGCCAAGGCGCUUAGCAAACCUGUCGCGGUCGUAACCAAGGUUGACUUGCUGACCUGGAUGGUCAAGCAGGUUAAAGCUUGAUUGAAGUUGGAUUGUUUAUCAAAGAAGGGCUUUUUGCUGCCCGCUGCUAAGAAACUUGGAGACGAGUCAUCGCACGGCGCUACGGUGGAAUUGCAUCUAAAUCAUCAACGUACAGUAUUAAUAUAGACUUGGGUAGGGUGCGUUAAAUAUGGUGGGCUCAGGCUCAACCUUCACAAGUAGAAUCGGGUAUUUUUUCGAAACAUUCGUAUAGACAUGAUACGUAUAACACGUAGUCGUAAUGAUGCUAUAUUUGUUACACUAGUGAAGCAUUUUUAUGCUCUCGUGUUUUCUUUCCCCUAACAGUACGAGA